AUGGAAGAUUGCAAACCAAUAAGCACUCCAAUGGAAGUAGGUAAGAAACUUUCACUGGAAAUGUGUCCCAGAAUACAAGAGGAAGAAAGUUAUAUGAGUACAGUUUCAUAUCAAAAUGAUAUUGGGAGCCUAAUGUAUGCAAUGGUUUCUAGUAGACCUGAUAUUGCACACGCUGUAAGAAUGGUGAGCCAAUUUUCCAACUGUUAUGGACCACAACAUUGGGCAGUAGUUAAGAGAAUUUUUAGGUACCUUCAAGGAACAAUUAAUCAUAGGAUUACAUUCAGUGGGAGUUCUAAAGAUUCCCUCCAGCUUACAGGGUAUUGUGAUGCAGAUUGGUUAGGAGACAUUGAUAGCAAGAGAUCAACUUUAGGUUUUUGUUUUAUUCUUAGUGGAGGCAUAGUUUCUUGGGCAAGUAAGAAACAACCAACUGUUUCUCUUUCCAGUGGAUAA